AGAAGGAGGAAAAAAAAGUGGGGGGACAGAAAAGUGGGAUUGUUGGUCUGGGUCUCAGUCCUUCAUGUGUUUUACAACAUGGACCAUGAACACCAGGAAUGAAACUGGCCGCAAUUACCAGCUUCGUUGUCUGAUUUUGUUGGAAGUAAUGAUGAAAUAUGGCUCUCCUGAGAAAAAUUAACCAGAUCCUCCUGGUGCUUCUGCUGCUGAUGGUGUGUCUCCUCCUGCACAGUUCACUGCUCAGAGCCUCGAGUCGACCCAAACUCGCAGAUCACUGGAAGAGCCUCGGAGGUGGAGCACAAGUCUCCGCAGCGAGAGUGCCAGAGGCGGAUAAUGUCGUCCCCGUCAUCAUCUGUGCGUCGGAGGAGCGCCUCGGUGCGGCCAUGGCCUCCAUCAACAGCAUCUACAGCAACACAGACUCCAGCGUCUUCUUCUACAUCGUCACGCUGCGGGACGCCGUGAAACUCACAAGACAGUACAUAAUGAAGACUAAACUGAAGGGCAUCAGAUAUAAGAUCCUGGAGUUUAACCCCAUGGUCCUGAAGGGGAAAGUGAAGCCGGACUCCUCUCGGCCUGAUCUCCUACAUCCGCUCAACUUUGUGCGCUUUUACUUACCCCUGCUCGACAUCAAACAUAAGAGAGUGAUAUACUUGGACGAUGAUGUCAUUGUGCAGGGUGACAUCAAGGAUCUGUUUGAUAUGAAGCUGAAGCCGGGUCAUGCUGCUGCUUUCUCCACGGACUGCGACCUGCCCUCCACUCACGAGAUGGUGCGCAGCAUCGGCAUGCAGACGACCUACAUGGGCUUCUUGGACUAUAGGAAACAGGAAGUGAGAGACCUGGGCAUCAACCCCAGAGAUUGCUCUUUCAACCCCGGAGUGUUCGUGGCCGAUAUGAGCGAAUGGAAGAAACAGAAGAUCACCAAACAGCUGGAGAAGUGGAUGGAAGAGAAUGUCAGGCAGAACAUAUACAGCAGCGCCAUGGCAGGAGGCGUAGCAACCCCACCCAUGCUGAUAGUGUUUCACGACAAAUACACAACACUGGACCCUCUGUGGCACGUCCGACACCUGGGCUGGAGUCCAGACGCCCGCUAUGCAGAGAGCGUCCUGCAGGAGGCGCACCUGCUGCACUGGAACGGCCCCUUUAAACCCUGGAACUACCCUGCUGUCCACCUGGAUCUGUGGGAGAGGUGGUUUGUUCCAGACCCCUCCAGAAGGUUCUCCUUGGUACGACCUAAGAGUGAAAGCUAAGGAACAUACCGGCCAGAUUCCAAACCGACCCCUACACCCUAUUCCUCCCCCCCGCUCCAAACCAACUGGUGGGGAGUGGGAGUUAUACAAAAAAACCAAUAGUGAGUCUGCAUCCGUCCCAAACUUGAACUAGUAAACUGUGCAAAAUAACACAGACAUUUAAUAUGGUCACACAGAUGCAACUUCAUGGUUACCUCGUAUUUUAAUUUAGGAAGAGAUAAUACAUUUUAUUUAUCCGGCGCUCAAAGACGCUUCACAGAGGUCAAAAUAAUGUCAAAAGUCAAAGCAAUAGCACAACAUUAAUCACAUGUAGUCUGAAAAACUGUAGACUUGUUCAUUUGAUUGUAAAGUUGCGUACAUUUGUAAAAACCAAGCAGCAGUUGUGGUUCCUGAAGGGGUCCGGGUCGGUUUGGAAUUGGGCCACCAUGUCUGAGUAGCAAGUGAAGUUUACUUGAACAAUGGCUGACAGUGAAAUAAAAACAGUACAGUGAAUUUAAAGCUGAGGAAUGUUCUGCGAAAUAAAAUUGU